AUGGCAACUAAGGGGAAUGACGAAAUUUCAGAAAUGAAAUAUGCAAAUGAACAAGGAAGCGGAUUAAAAAUUAAUAGAUGGGCCGUAUUAGUAAUAUAUUCCAUUCUCUCUGGGAUAGGUACUUUUGUACAUGGAGGGUUUAGCGCAUGGCAACCAAUUAUAUACAAAACCGGGGCAUUUAGUGAAUUAUGUAAACCUGGUGAUACUAUGGAAGAAUUUCGAGUAGAUGCGAAUCAUAUUUAUCAAACAUGUGGUAAUCGAGAUGCAGCUGUGAAUAAUUUAUUCACAUUAUCAUUUUUUGUUCAUUUCUUUUUAUCAUCAGUCAGUGGAUUUGUAUUAGAUUCAUAUGGAGAAAAAGUAUGUUUUUUAUGGGGUCAAACAAUAUUAGCAUUGGGAUUUAUUUUAUUAAGUAUAAUUAAACAUUCCUAUGCUUGGUAUGCCUUUUUCAUAUGUUUAGGUGUAUCAGCUGAUUUAUCAUUUAUCCCAUUAUUAAAAUUAUCGAAAUUUUUUCCCAAACAAGAAUCAUUAAUAUUUGGAAUAUUGGGAUCAGCUAGAUCAUUUGGAUAUGCAAUUGCAUUAUUUUUAAAAUUCGGAUUUUUUUAUACCUUCAAUUUAAAAAACGACGAAUUUUAUGUUAUAUGUAUAAUUUAUCUACUUACUUGCAGUUUAUUUUCUUUUAUAGUUGGUAUAUUUAUUGUGCCCACAAAAAAUAAUAAAGUUUCACAAAUGGGAAGUGAAAUAGGUACUGGGUCAUCACAUACAGAUAGAAAAGCAAAAGCAGAUAUAACAAAUGAUAUAGAUAACAUUGAAAAGGGACAUAAAAAGAAUGCUAAUUUAAAUAGUGCAAAUAAAAGCUUCAGUGAAAAAAUUAAAGUUUUAUGGAGACAUGAUAAAAAAUGGGAAUAUAUAAUAGCAACAUUUAUUUGCUGUAGUAGUAUGAUCAGAUUUGAUUAUUUUAUGAAAACAAAUAGAUCAAUAUUUGUAUGGAAUAACAACGAUUUAAUACAUAUAUUUUCUAUAGCCACUAUUUUUUCAUUUAUACCUACCCCAAUAUUUGGAUAUUUAGCUGGAAAAUUUGGAUCAGUUUAUAGUAUUAUGACAAAUAAUUUAUUUGGAUCAAUAUCUUAUUUUUUAAUAUUAUUUGAUUCAGUAUAUUGCAAAAUGGUUGCUAUAUUUUCAUUCUUUUUAUAUAUCUCAUUUUUAUUUUCAUGUUUUUAUUGCUAUGUUGAUGAAAAAUAUUCGAAGAAGCAUUUUGGAAAAUUAUGUGGAAUUAUGUUUGCAAUCAGUGCACUAUUUUUAUUUUUUAAUUUUUAUUUGACAUAUUUGACAAAUAUUGUAUAUGCCAAUUUGGGAGAAAGAAAACAUUUCCCUGUUACUUAUGGUUUAAACGUCCUUGGACUUAUUGCUUUGUUACUUUGUGGAUACUUAAAAAUUGCAGAAAACCGAGAAAAAAAAGCAUUAAACGCAGCUUAA